AUGGGCUGCUGCCAGGACAAGGACUUUGCGGCCACGGACGAGCAGGCCAGGGACUUCGAGGAGGCUGGGGGCGGCGCCCAAGCGGUCCGUUUGGACUCCCCAGGCCACCGGAAUCACAAGUCCAACGACAGCCUUCUGAUCACCGUGCUGUGGCGGCGCCUGUCCUUGUUCAGCCGCCGGGGCUCCUCGCGGGGCAGCAAGAAGCACUCGGGACCCAUCCAGAAGCGGGAGAGCCCGAUCCCGGAGGACAUGGCGGAGGAGAGCCGGGAGGAGCCGGAGAAGGGAUGAGCCCAGGCCUGCUCUCAGUGCGCCCCAGCCCUCAGAGAAUAAAAUUUCUAACGUGGACCGGCCCGACGAA